AUGAAGACUGGUGUGCAACGAUAUCUGAUUGUCCGAUGUGAAAUGGCGAGCAGAAAUUAUACAACGCAGUUUGUUAAUCAGCUGUUUGCUGAGGAGGGCCGAGGAACGUUCUCGACCAGGAUUAAUGUAUUGGGACAUGCGCAGCAGGGCGGUAAUCCAACUCCGUUUGACCGCAAUAUGGGCACAAAACUUGCAGCUCGUGCAUUGGAAUAUAUUAUAACUCAGGCCAAGGAGUACGUUGACCCCAACACUGGAUCGCUGAAUGCAGUCAGUGCAGACAGUGCCACACUACUCGGAUUAAGGGGUCGGAGAGUGGUGUUUACACCAGUUGAAGAAUUGGCUCUAGAAACCGACUUCGAGCAUCGUUUGCCAAAAGAGCAGUGGUGGAUGAGGGUCCGGUCACUUUUGAGAAUAUUGGCUAAGCACGACUCAAUCUACGAAACCGAAGCGCUGGCAGUCAAAGAUGUUGCUGGCGAAAUAGAUGGAGUAUGA